CCACGCUCUCCCUUCUCUCGCGUAGCUUACCGCAUGGCUCGUCGUGAUUCAGAUUGCGUUGAUGCUACCGAUGGCUGCUCCGAAUGGCUGCUGCUGGUGGACUCAAAGCUGCGGUGUAAUGAAAGCUGCGGUAUAAUCACGUAGCCCUGCUUUCAGCGUACGAGCAUCUUGCGCACACGGCCUGCUCACCACCGCCAUCCUUCUCGCUCCUCUCAACAGCGAAUCAACACUCGCCAGCAUGUCGCUCGCAUUGCACAGCGCCACAUCGCCUAGCACGCAUUCCAACGACCCCUCCGAGCAAGCAUCCGCAAGGCUCAUCACCGGCGAGGCUUCUUACCAGCGCAAGCUGAGCAUCCCCACGCGACAAGGACCCCAACUUGUCAGCUUUCCUCACAUCUUGCAGCCAGAGCAACCAGCAGUCGAUCUUGCGCGAUUCUUGCAGACCGCAAAAGAACUGUCGCAGCAGCCAGCGGGUGUCCGUAUUAGCGACCACGAUGCUGAUCAGUCGCCAUUGCGGCACCUCCUGACCGCUGCGGGAGGUGUGCUCAAGUUCGAAAAGACACCGUUGAGGAGCGCUCAAGACUUUUCCGACUUCAUGCACAACCUCGCAUCCGGCACCGGUUGGCUUCCGCACGUCGACAAGGGCCUGAUGGUACUUCGCAGGCCUCACGCAAAGAACGUCGCUACCGCAAAUGAAGGGCCUCCUACUCAGGCCAUUGGCAGUCACAACGAGUACGGUCUCUCUUCUCACUACCCAUCCUACAUUGCCUUUUUCUGCCUCGCCAGUCCCGACAAAGGCGGCCAGACGCCCAUUGCGUCGAGUUUGAGGCUGUACGAGCGCUUCGAAAGCGAAUUGAACGCGUAUCUGCAGGCCAUCACCAAGAGGGGCAUCGCUUUUGCCAUCCACCAUCCCCGCGGGAAUGUGGAGGGUCACGUUGGCGGCAACAGCGUAUUCAACGCCAACAGCUUUGGCCCUGAUGAGCAAGGUGCUCUGCAGCGGGAGGUGCCAUUUGCACAACUGCCCGAGGAGAGCAAAAGGGCAAUCGUAGAGGAAAAUGUGCGGUCACUGGCACGCGAAGGUGGCUGGGACGAGUCUGCAUCUUUGGACGAUGAGAGCGUAGCGGUGUGGAAGCGAAGGGGCUACUCGGGUCACUGGAUGCCAGAUGGAUCGUUCAUCGUAGUGCAGAGAACGCCGGGUGUGAGGAUUCACCCGACUUUUGGCGUGCCGAGCUACUUUACCAAUGUGCAUACGCGCUUCAUUUACGCUGGAAUCGACAAGGCAGGACAAGAGAUCAAGCCUCACUGGAGAAGAAAUCUGUUGGACCUGGUGCGAGAGCAACAAGCCGAGCAGUCUUUGGCCUCUCCUUUUCAGCUGCCCGCAUACAUUGUCGGCAAUACCACGUCGGAAGAUGAUACGCCGUUCGAGAACGAGUGGAUCGAGGAGAAUCUGCGCAUCACUGCAGAGGAGCAAGUCGACGUCAGUUGGAACGUGGGCGAUGUGCUCUUGAUUGAUAAUCUUGCGGUGCAGCACGGGAGGCGGCCAUGGGAGGGGGACAGGAGACUUUUGGCGAGCUUGUGGGACUCUCCUUUCCUUCAGCGCCACUCUCGAGUCUGA